UACUUAUGGGUACUGCUUCCUCUAUGGUAACUUGCAGUGAAGCUAACGCUGGAGAGCAACUACAUAUCCCAUGAGCCUCUGCAGCAGCCAUUGAACCUCGGUUUGUUUGGAACGAGUGAAAGGGACGAUGCUCGUCAAUCAACGGCAAGAUGGCUCAAUUCCAUCUGUUGACCCUGACCUGGUUGUAAAAAGGCAACCCUAGAAUUAAAAGAAACCAUAGACCGAUUUAAACAAGCUAUGAUUUACAGGCACAGAGUGAUGGAGAUUCCUGAAGAUUUUAAUCAACUCGAGCUUCUGAACUCACAUGGACACUUGAUCCCCCGUGGAACCAGCAGCCUGUGGACCGGGAGCAAUGAUGUGGAGGAAGAGGAGGAAGAGGAGGAGGAGGAGGAAGGUGAACAUAGCGAGGAGUGGUAUCUAGAAAAGGAGGAAGCUCUUAAAGGCAAACCAGUGGAGCUCAUUCUGUGGGCUGCAGAAAACAAUCGUCUUUCAACCAUCCACAGAUUAUUAUCAGCUGAUCCUGGGCUGGUGCACUGCUGUGAUGAGGACGGUUACACUCCCCUGCACCGUGCAGCAUACAGCGGCCAUGUGGAUGUUGUUUCUGCUCUACUCGCCGCUGGCUCUGAAGUUAACACCCGCACCAUUGAUGGCUGGACUCCCCUUCACAGCGCCUGCCGUUGGAGCCGCGUCACAGUGGGGAGUUUCCUCCUGCAGCGAGGAGCCGAGCUGAAUGCUCAGACCAAUGGCGGGCUCACGCCACUGCACCUGGCCGCUUCACACGCCAGCUCCUCAAAGACAGAUUCCGCCCAGACUCUAGAGCUGCUGCUGUCUCACAGACACCUGAAGCCGGGGCUUUGCAGCAGCACUGGGGAGACGGCUAGUGAGGUGGCCCGACGCAGUGGGCCGCAUCACUACCUGUUUGAGAUUGUAGAGGACUGUGUCAAUGUGGUACCAGACUCGUGAAGUCUCACAUUAACUUACUUACAGAGCGACCUUCCCUUUUACUGAACUCAAUAAAUCUUUGCUGAUGUUCAGGUUAUCAUAAUAAAAUAAUGCUCUAUCUUUGUAUUAUUA